AUGGACAUCGACGGUACAGGCCUCCUAGGAGAGGACGAUGUGAUGGAGUAUGAAGAGGCCGACCCCUCCGCUCCAUCCGCCGGUAUCCCUAUCGAGGCUGAUGAGAGCCUCGGGCAAUUACUGCUGGAUGAUGAGGUGAUGGGGAAUGAGGCGACCACGGCUGGCGAGCUCGAUAUGCCUGUAGAGGGGGAGGACAUUGAUCUGGAGGGCGUGGAAGGUGAGGAGGAGGAGGAGGAAGAUGGGGACGGAAUGGAGCCGGAGCCGACGCCUUUAUUCGGGACGGGUGGAGAAGGGGCGAAAGGGGCGAAUCCCUUCUCCUUCGCUGGAACCGGGGGCGGUCUAGCUGCUCCUGACUUUGAGGAUAUCGAGGUAGGGGAAGCAGAGGCGGUAGGGGAGGAACACGUGGAGGGGAUCGAAACGCGUGAGGAAGGUGGAGAAGGGGAAGGGUCAAGGGAUGUGCAAGUAGGGGCAACGGCGAAUCCUUUGCCUAUCGCUUCUGCGACGUCAACAGUGCCUGGCUCUGGCGGUGUUGUUGACGGCGACUCGAACCUCAUUCCUUCUCCUUCUCUUCCACUCACUCAACCCUCUUCAAUUGCUCCUCCUCCCGCCACCCAGAACGCCGUUUCGGAAGCGCCCAUACCCCUCGCCGAGCCCACCGGAAACGCAGACGACUACGUCGGCGAAGACGAGGAGGAAUACUACGAGGAGGACGAAGAGGCUGGCGACGAGGCCCAACAGCCCACAUCUGCCGCUGUAUUAUCAACGGGCCAACCACACCCGGCCCCAACAUCGGGCGUCACCGCGGAAGCGGCACAGGUCGGCGGAGACGACGAUAACGGAGAGCUCGAGAACGACGAGGACCUCGGAGACGAGGACGCGCAGGACGAGAUGCUAACAGUCAACACACAACCGGGGAUCAUCCUUCACCUUCCCGAUCACCUUCCCACCAGCCUCUUCUUCCCGCUCGAUCCGGCCGAGGGGUUGCCGGACGGGAUCACCGCCGCGAACCCCGUGUGGUUUGCGGAUCGGCAUGCGGAGCUGGCGCAGGUGCCUCUCACGAAGCUGCUGGAGGCGGUGCGGGAGCUGGCGGAUGGUGAUGCGUAUCAUAAAGGCAGGGAGUUGAUUCUUGAUGAGCACGGGCUCGGGGUGAAAUUGUGCGAGGACGACAGGCAUCUCGAUGGCGUGACCCUUCUGGAGUUCCUUCAAGUGCACCACUCGUGCGGCCUUCCUACACCAGUCCAAUUCCAUGUCAGCUUCGGGCCGCGCCGAUUCUGGGACCGAUUCGAUGCGAUCCGGAAAGAACUAGUACAUAUUGCCGAGCGGAAGCGGCUUGGGCUGAGCGAAGAGCCGGAUGAAGAUGAGGACGAAUUUGGAGAGGAGGAAGUAAGCGAUGGGUAUGAUAGCGAGGUGGAGAUGGGGCAGAGUGCGGCGGGGUAUGCGGAGCGGAGGUCAGGGAGGGCGCCUGUGGAGCAGGACGAGGCUGCUCGAGCACAGUAUGCCGGUUCUGAGCAAGAAGUGAGGCGGGAGAAACGCGGGGAAGCGGAAUCAGCGCACCCAAAUGCGGACUGGGCAAGAAAUUUGGCGACCGCCCCAAUGGCAUUCGGUAUCGGCAACAUCGCCUCAGCUAACCCCCGAUCCAGGGAAUCCUCCCAGCCCGUUGUCACACCUCACGAUGAUGACGUCGCGCUCCCACCUCCUUCCCAGAACAAAGGAAGGUCAAGCAGGAAAGACGAUAUAGCUGCAGACCUGGCCGACACUACCGAAGCAUCUUCUACGGACUCGAGAACAGUCAAGGCCAAGAUGGACGCUCCCAUCGACGAGAUACCAGGGGAGGAGGACGGAUAUGAUGACGAGGACGGAGAAGUGCCGGCGCCCAGCGAUGUUCCACUGGACGAAAUAGCACUGAAGGAAGAGCGAGAUGCCGCAGUGGAUGAUGAUGACGGGGUCGAGCUGGAAGCGAGCAAAGAGGACGAGGGUGGCGCGAGCUACGACGCGGAACUCCAGGCGCUGGGUCUGAGCUCCAGGGAAGAGACCCUGCCCGGCGGAGAGCCGAUGGGAGAUGUCAAGAAGGGGAAGGCGGAUGGGACGGUACCGGGCACGGUCGCGUCCCUUGAGCCAUCACAACGCGGAGACUCGACGCUCUUGGACAUGCCGGAAACGCCGGCCUCGACUCAGCCAGACGUGGUGACACCAUUUGAGCCCGAAGCUACCCUGAAGGACAGAUUGCAGGCGAUCGACGAGAUGGGAGACGACGAGGUCGACGCGCUUGUGGCAGGGGACGAGACGGGGGCCGAAGUGGAGGGGGAUACCGAGGCGUACGACGGUGAAGAGGGGGCCGAGGAUGAGGUGGAUGAGGGGUACUUUGAGGGAGAUGAGACGGAGGAGGACGGUGCGGUGCCCGUUACGAACCAAGCGGCAUUGAAGGCGUAUGUCGACGGGAGGAUCGAGGAAGGGGAGGAGCCGAAAGAUCCGCUGUUGGAUGCGGUACAACGAGGAGACCUCCCGAUGGAGGUAGCAGAGGACGUCGCGGGGAAAGAGGCAUUCGAUAAAAAGUAUCACGAUGAUGAGGGCUUCGUAGUGGGUGAUGACGGCGAUGAUUAUCAGACACAGGACGAUGAGCCUGUCGACCCAUUCACCAGGAGCACCGGAGAUGAAUCGCUCAGCGUCCUCACCAACAAGAGAUCAGCACCGGAUGAUGAGCCGCUGUCAUCUGGAAAGAGGUCCAGGCAGGGGGACAAUUGA